AUGGUGGCGCUCGAGGAGCACCACAAAGGCGGGGAGGAUCUGACGAGCAAGGUGGAGGCAGUGACAGAUGUCAGAGAAGCUUCAGUCGACAAAGAUGCACCUUCUAAAACAGAAGGAGAUGCCAGUGCGACUACUCGGGUAGCCGAAGAUGAAUCAAAGUAUCCGACUGGACCAAAACUUUGGCUGCUUGUCCUUGGUCUUUGCCUUACGAUUUGGGUCGUCGCACUCGACAACAGUAUCAUCGCGACUGCUAUCCCCAAGAUUACGACGGAAUGGCCUGACGCUCUGAACGAUGUUGGCUGGAUUGGAAGUUCAUACCUGUUGACCACGACCUCCUUGCAACCUUCCUUCGGCAAAGUUUACACAUACUUCGACGUCAAAUGGACCUACCUAUCGGCUCUGGUCAUCUUCGAGGUCGGCUCGGUCAUAUGCGCUGCUGCCACCAGCUCGACAAUGCUUAUCGUGGGUAGAGCUGUUGCUGGUGUUGGAGCCGCCGCACUAUUCUCUGGAGGAAUGACCAUCAUUGGUUUCAUCGCUCCUCUACGUAAGCGUGCGAUCUAUAUCGCUUCAUUGUCCAGUAUGUUUGGAAUUGCCAGUGUGGUUGGACCUCUAUUAGGCGGGGUCUUCACGGAUCACGCAACAUGGAGAUGGUGCUUCUGGAUCAACCUUCCCUUCGGUGGAAUUGGACUUGUCGCAGUAUUCUUCUUUUUCACCAACCCAGAAAGAAGACACACGAACAUGACUUUCAAGGAAAAGAUCAGACAGAUUGACUUGCUGGGUGCCUUCCUCUUGAUCUGCGCCAUUGUCUGUCUCCUUCUUGCCUUGCAGUGGGGAGGUACGACAUACCCUUGGAGCAACUCGAAAGUCUGGGGAUGUCUUCUCGGUUUUGGCUUGAUUAUUUUAAUCUUCAUUGCGCUCCAGAUCAAGCUAGGAGAUCGAGCUACACUACCUCCACGUAUUCUGGUCAAGCAGCGUACUGUCUUGUCUUCUGCCGCUUAUUCGACCUUCCUGGCUAUGGGGAUGUACACUCAUAUUUUCUAUCUGCCGUUCUACUUCCAAGCCGUCAAGAACACUUCAGCCGAGGGCUCAGGCAUCCGGUGUAUCGCAUAUCUGGUCUCUAACACGAUCGCAUCUAUUAUCGUCGGUGGCACGAUCACAGUCAUUGGAUAUUACUUCUUCUUCAUGUGGUUCGGAGCUGCCAUUUUCACCGUCGGCGCCGGCAUGCUCUAUACACUCGAAGUCCACUCUCCCGCCAGCAAAUGGAUCGGCUAUCAACUUCUUGCAGGCAUCGGUGCAGGAGCCGGGAUCCAAAUUCCCUUCAUUGCCGUACAGGUCGUACUGGAUGAGAAAGACAUGCCUUCGGGAAAUGCCAUUGCCAUUUUCUUCAACAGCUUGGGAGGUGCGGUCUCCAUCUCGAUUGCUCAGAACAUUUUCGCCAACACGCUGGUCAAAGAUAUCAUCAAGAAUGUCCCUGGCCUUGACCCAGCAGCUGUCAUAUCCGCUGGUGCCACACAUGUCAGAGAGGUGGUCUCCGCGGAACAAUUGCCAGGUGUGCUGAGUGCGUACAGUAAUGCGGUGACAUCUGCAUUUGUGGUGCCUAUUGCGACCAGUGGCAUCGCGUUCUUUGUUAGCUUGUUUGUUGAGUGGAAGAGCAUCAAGGGAAAGAACAUUAUGGGAGGUGGCGCUGCUUAGGUCUAUUCAAUUAUAUUCGAAGAGCACAGCAUUCGCUGUAGAAGAGUACGGA